AUGGCGUCCAGUGUGGAUGCCAAGCUGCUGAAACGGACCAAGUUCCCACCUGAGUUCAAUAAGAAAGUGGACAUGACCAAGGUCAAUGUCGAGGUUCUGAAGACGUGGAUCGCUAGUCAAAUUAUCAAGAUCCUAGGCAACGAGGACGAUGUGGUCAUCGAGCUUUGCUUCGCUCACCUGGAAAAUGAACGAUUCCCCGAUAUCAAAUCACUCCAGAUCCAACUCACUGGAUUUUUAGACAAGGAUACCCCCAAGUUCUGUGAGAAGCUGUGGUCAUUGUGUCUCAGUGGCCAGGAAAAUCCCCAGGGCGUUCCGAAGGAGCUCUUGGAGGCCAAGAAGCUUGAGCUCAUGCGAGAAAAGCUCGAGGCCGAGAAAGCAGCCGAAGCAGCUCGACGCCAGCGGGAGCUAGACCAGAACCAGCUGGUGAUCGUGGGGCCCGCGGAGGCCGAUCCUUUGGAGGACGAGACUACGAUCGUUCUUCGCCUCCUCGCAUCCGAGACCGCAGCCGAAACCGCAGCCGAGACCGCUUCCGCGAGCGUCCCUCCCGCCGUGAACAUGAUACAUAUGUGCCGCCUGGAAAGGACCGCGACCGCCGACCAUCCACUAUCUCCUACACCCGUUCCCCAUCCCCGAAGCCAUCAUCUCCAUCCCGCAGAACUCGCGACGAGCCACGCCACAGGCCGCGCGAACGCCGCCGCCGUUCUCCCAGUCACUCAAUUUCUCCCGAGCGACGCAACCGUGGAGGAUACAGAAGACGCAGUAGUCCGGACUACGGUGACCGUGUUAAAACCAGAUCCAUUUCCCGCACCCGUUCCCCGCGCUCACGUUCCCCCAGAGGAGACCGCCGCCGUCGAAGCUCCGUCUCGCGCAGCCGCUCUGCAUCUCCGCCACGCCACUCCCACCGCCGCAGAGAUGUUUCCACUUCCGUUUCUCCCAGCCGCGCUGGUUCCCCGCCGCGCUCCCGCCGCUCCCCUGGACGACGUGGUCGUGAUUCUCGCCGCCUGA